GCAGAAGGGGAGCCCACCAGCCAUGUAGAGGGCCGCGUCGGAGGCACUCGCUGACACUCGGGCGCCAUGGACGACGCCGCCAUCCUCAAAAAGAAAGGCUACGUGGUGGGCAUCAACUUGGGGAAGGGCUCCUACGCCAAAGUGAAAUCCGCCUACUCCGAGCGCCUCAAGUUCAACGUGGCGGUGAAGAUCAUCGACCGCAAGAAGACCCCCUCGGACUUCGUCGAGAGGUUCCUGCCCCGGGAGAUGGACAUCCUGGCCACCGUGAGCCACCGCUCCAUCAUCAAGACCUACGAGAUCUUCGAGACGUCGGACGGCCGGAUCUACAUCGUCAUGGAGCUGGGCGUGCAGGGCGACCUGCUGGAGUUCAUCAAGUGCCGCGGGGCCCUGCACGAGGACGUGGCCCGCAAGAUGUUCCACCAGCUCUCGUCGGCCAUCAAGUACUGCCACGACCUGGACGUGGUCCACCGCGACCUCAAGUGCGAGAACCUCCUGCUCGACAAGGACUUCAACGUCAAGCUGUCCGACUUCGGCUUCUCCAAGCGCUGCCACCGCGACGACGCCGGGAAGCUCCUGCUCAGCAAGACGUUCUGCGGGUCGGCGGCCUACGCGGCGCCCGAGGUGCUGCAGGGCAUCCCCUACCAGCCCAAGGUGUACGACAUCUGGAGCCUGGGCGUCAUCCUGUACAUCAUGGUGUGCGGCUCCAUGCCCUACGACGACUCCGACAUCAAGCGCAUGCUGCGCUUCCAGAAGGAGCACCGGGUCGACUUCCCCCGGUCCAAGCACCUGACCAGCGAGUGCAAGGACCUCAUCUACCGCAUGCUGCAGCCCGACGUGCACCGGCGGCUGCGGAUCGACGACAUCCUGGGCCACUGCUGGCUGCAGCCCGCCAAGACCAGGCCCCACGCGUCCGGCUCCUUCAAGCGGGAGGCGGAGGCCAAGGCCCGGGCCGAGCCCAAGCCGGAGAACCGCGCGGGAUCACGGCAGGAUCACCGGCCGGCCGCCAAGGCCCCGCAGAGGCUCCUGGCGGUCCCGGAGACGGAGGAGGCGGGCCCGGCCGACGGGCCGGAAGAGCCCUUGGGAGCAGAAGGGGGCCGAGCCGGCCCCUAGCGGGGCCUCGGUGAGCAACUCGGGCCGGAAGGCCAGAUCGUGCAGCCGGGUGGCCCGGGAGGGGGCCUAGGCCGCGGGGAAAGUAAAAUCCGACCGUUCGACCCUUAUUUUGACGACCUGCUCUCCGCCUCCUUCCUCCCGGGAGCCUCGGGCGGCCCCUACUCCAAAUAAACCACAGAAUCUAC